AUGAGUAAAGAUAUAAUAAACGGAUCCAUUUUACAUUGUCUGGAAACAGCGACAUUAGGUAUGCCUCUCGAGGUAUGGAAAACGAGGAUGUGUGUUUAUAGGAAUGAAAACACAAUAAAAGCUUUUGGAAAUAUUUAUAACAAAGGAUUUGGACAAUUCUACGCUGGUUUUUAUGCAAAACUAGUAGAAAGCGCGUCGAAGGGUGGUGUUUUGCUCAUAUCAAAAGAACAGAUGAUCAGAUUUUGCAAUGAUUUAAAUGUAAAUAAAACAACAAGUGGUUUUAUUGGUGGGGCUACUGGAGGAAUUUGUCAAUCGUUUGUCAUGACUCCAUGCACCUUUUUUAUAACCGCUAGUAUUGAUAAAAAAAUUAAUUAUAAGGAAAAAAUUUUUGAUAUUUUUAAAAAUACAGGAUUUACAACUCUAUACAAAGGGAACAGUGCUAUGUGUUUGCGUCAGGGAACCAACUGGGCCAGUAGACAGGGUUUAACUGAGUGGGUUCGAAAUUUUUUUAUAGAAAGUAAGAGGAGGAAAGUGGAAGAGAAUUGCCACAUAGGAUGGAAAAGUGAUGAAAAAAUAGGAAGAGAAAAUGGAUUUAAAUCAGACGAGAAAAUAAAUGCUCGAACUAUCGUUCAAAACCAAAUCAUAAAUAAAAAUGAACAAAUUGAUAACAUCACCAUCGCAUCAAAGGAUGUACAUUUAUUGAACCAAGGGAGAGAUACUUCCUACGAUUUAAAUGCAACGGAAGAGCUCCUUUGUGGUGUCCUUGGAGGAGCCUUAUCGGUAUGGAAUAAUCCAUUCGAUGUGAUUCGUGUGUACAUGCAGAAUAAUGCAAAUAAUAACAUCAAGCUUACAUUUUCCCAAUCAUUUGUUAACCUUUACAAGGAGGGAGGGAUAUUGUAUUUGUACAAAGGAGUAAUUCCUCGUUGCAUUUUAUGCAUCUGGCAAACCUUAUUUAUGGUUACAGGGAUUAAAAUUUUGAAUAAGUAUUACUAA